CGACGGUGUGCGUUCGCCCUAAAAGCUGAUAUCGCUUUUGUGUGUUUAUCGAAACGGAGUGCUGUUUUUGUUCGCCGAUAAAACAAAGAGCAGCGGCGCUCAGAAAGCUGGAUACGCCUCUUCAUUGCUGUCUGCGUCGCUGGUACCUAUAGUGAAAUAUGGUGUUGCUCCUGGGAUUGCCAGAAUGGGUCGUACUCGCAGUGACCGUAGGUGUUUUUUGGUACCUCUAUGCUACUCGGACUCGCAACUACUGGAAAAACCAGAACGUUCCGUCGGAGCCACUUUCCCUCAUAUUCGGACCUUCAUUGCAGCUCUUAUACAAACCCAUCCACGCGAUUGAUGCUGCUCGGUAUAAUAAAUAUGGCAGGUUCUUCGGGGCCUUUGAGUCUAACAAACUCAUUCUGUUUGUUGCCGAGCCCGAACUCGUGAAGCAGGUUCUUGUCAAAGAUUUUCCGUCUCUUCCAAACCGAAGGUCGUUCACGUUUUACGACCCUUUGCUGGACAACAUGAUGAGCAUCACUCCCGUUGAACGGUGGAGGAAGAUUCGACCAGCGGCGAGUCCAGCAUUCUCCACUGGAAAGCUGCGAAAGAUGAAUUCGUUAAUCGAAGACUGUGCAAUGUCGACUGCGGAACACCUGAAGAAAGCGGCGUCCAAAAAAGAAGACAUCGAUGUGAAACAGUUCUUCGGUCACUAUACCCUGGACGUCAUUGCGAGGUGCGCUUUCGCGACAAGGCUGGACUCUCACUCUGACCAGACCAAUGAAUUCGUAACUAGGACGAGGCAGGCCUUCUCUGGACGCAUCACACCACGAAUUUUCUUUUUCUUUUUAUUCCCGGCCCUCGCUAAGAUGAUAAGACUUCGACCCUUCAACUCCGAAAUCUUUCUGUACUUCAAGCGGAUCUGUCAGAACAUCAUUAAGAGCCGACAGGACAAACAAUCGCACCACGAAGACUUUCUGCAACUUAUGAUGGACGCCCAGGAAGGAAAACUCGCGUCUGCUUCUGAAAAUGCGACUGAGCGUGACAACCAGCUCUUCAACCUGGGCUCAGAUGUGAAGUUAGACACUUCUUUUUCUUCAAACAAGACACUGACCGAGGACGAAUCGAUGGCGCAGUGCGUGCUGUUCUUCAUUGCCGGCCAGGACACAACCUCAACGGUGAUUUCGUUCACGCUCUACCUGCUCGCAAUUCACCCCGAAGUGCAGGAGAAGCUGAGAGAAGAAGUGGACGAGUGCUUCAAGGUUCACGGGGAACACCCCAGCCUGGAUGUUGUCACGAAGCUCAAGUACCUACACUGCGUUGUAUCCGAGUCGCUUCGAAUGUAUCCUCCUGCGACGCGGAUUGAGCGAUCGCCUUACGAGGACUACGUUCUCGGAGAUACGGGAGUGAAGAUUAAGAAGGAAGAGUUGAUUGCUAUUCCCGUCUACUCUAUGCACUAUGACCCGCAGUACUUCCCUGAUCCUAUGAAGUUCGAUCCAGAAAGGUUCAGCGACGAGAACAUUGAUUCCAUACAACCGUACACGUACCUGCCAUUUGGAGCAGGACCUCGCAACUGCAUCGGUAUGCGGUUCGCUCUACAAGCGGUGAAGCUGUCUAUCCUGUACACCAUCCGCAACGUGCAGGUCGUUCGGACUGAAAAGACAAAAGUGCCACUGGAAUUCCAGAACGGAUUCACUGUACUGACAGCCAAGGAUCUGACAUUAGGAAUCCGGCAACGAGGCUAGCGAUUCACUGUUUGUCUUUCUCAAGCGAUCCAGAUUUCGGAAAUGGUCGAAAGCUCAGUGUGAAAGGUUCGACGUAUCUGUAGAGCAAAAAAUAAAUUUUUCUCUUCGUGCA